AUGCCAGUCGACAACCUCCAAAUCCCCAGCCGACCACCCACCAGCAGCGCCUCGUCCGCCACAGUUCCGGCUUGCCCCACUGCCAGUCGACAACCUCCAAAUCCCCGGCCGACCACCCACCAGCAGCGCCUCGUCCGCCACAGUUCCGGCUUGCCACACUGCCAGUUGACAACCUCCAAAUCCCCGGCCGACCACCCACCAGCAGCGCCUCGUCCGCCACAGUUCCGGCUUGCCCCACUGCCAGUCGACAACCUCCAAAUCCCCGGCCGACCAUCCACCAGCAUCGCCUCGUCCGCCACAGUUCCGGCUUGCCCCACUGCCAGUCGACAACCUACAAAUCCCCGGCCGACCACCCACCAGCAGCGACUCGUCCGCCACAGUUCCGGCUUGCCCCACUGCCAGUCGACAACCUCCAAAUCCCCGGCCGACCACCCACCAGCAGCGCCUCGUCCGCCACAGUUCCGGCUUGCCCCACUGCCAGUCGGCAACCACCAAAUCCCCGGCCGACCACCAACCAGCAGCGCCUCGUCCGCCACAGUUCCGGCUUCCCCCACUGCCAGUCGCCAACCUCCAAAUCCCCGGCCGACCACCCAACAGCAGCGCCUCGUCCGCCACAGUUCCGGCUUGCCCCACUGCCAGUCGGCAACCUCCAAAUCCCCGGCCGACGACCCACCAGCAGCGCCUCGUCCGCCACAGUUCCGGCUUGCCCCACUGCCAGUCUACAACCUAUAA